UCUCGCUCAACCCAAAAGUGCUCCUCACUUUCCCACCUCCACUUCCUUCGCGCCAAAGCUCAACCGCAGCAAACGCCAACCAGCCAAACCCGCGUCAACAACAUCCAAAAAUGGCUGACGACGACUCUUCGGAGCUGUCUUCGAUUUCAUCGCUCUCAGAGCCACCUUCUGAUGAUGAAUCCGACAUUCAAUUGGAAGAGCGCCAUGGCAUCCUGAAAUUCUUCCACAAGGUCGACAAUAACCCGGCUCUGGAGCCCAAGGAGAAGACGCCGCCCCGACCAAAGCGGGAGCCUUCGCCACCGCACGAAUAUGUUUUGGCUGAUAACCCAGACAUUGCUUUCAUUGUCAUGUUCCGCGCCCGGUUUACCGAUGCUUUCCCAAAGAGCCUAGCGAAUUUCGGGCCUCAAGAGCUCGAGCGUGACGUUGUCGAUGCGAUUCCAGGCGAACGUGUCGAGCACUUCCUCUGCGCCCUUCUUAGCCUGCUCCUGAACCGCAAACAGGAUGUCAAGCCCGGACAUUACAACCGCGCGCUCGAGGAAGCUAUCCAGACGCAUAAAGGACAGUGGGCGAAGGACUGGGAUAGCCAGAACCCGGUUGCGGGGCAAGCGACCUUUGCCUCAAUGAACCCAGUACAAAGGCUCACCCUUCUCCGCACGUUGGUGCAAUGGACUCUUUCAUCUUCGGACGCGGUCAGAGCGACCAUUAGCCAGGCUUACAAAAACCGACACGACGACGAUCUCAACAUUCCUUUGAGCGUGCAACCGUGGGGCGGCGAUGGCGACAAACGGCGAUAUUUCCUGAUCGAGGGCAACGACGACACCUCAUUCCGCGUGUAUAGAGAGAGCAACCCGGCUGGCAUAAAUAGGACGUGGUGGAACGUUGCCGGGAGCAUCGAAGAUCUGAGGUUGCUCAGCGAGAAGCUCGAGACACAGGACCGCGGGCCGAAGGCGAAGGUGUUUGCCAAGAGGAUUUUAAAUAGCAUACCGCGAUUUGAGGCGACAGAGGAGAAAAGGCGGCGCAGAGAGUAUCGGCAAAUGCGCAAGGAACAGUUCAGGCGGCCGGAGCCUGGCUUCUCGCUCUACGAAGGGCGUACACGAGGGAAGCGGAUGAAGUACACAUAUUCCGACGAUGAGGCCGAUUUCUACUCAGACUCAACCAACCGCCGGUCGACCCGCAAUACCAGGCACCACACCCCGGCGGAGCCCAGCGGCCCGCUCACGACAGCCAGCGGCCGGCAGGUCAGAGCGCCAACUCGUUUGAACGCGGAAAACGCCAGCACCGGCGCGCCGAGCGCUUCCACGAGUGUGCAGGGAGACGGCGACGAUACGGAGAUGAGGCACACCACUCGCUCCGGGCGCCCCCAGAGGUCGGCUGCAGCCAACCACGGCUUGAACGGUUGGGCGGGCAAGAAGAGGAAGAGCGAGGAGUACGAGUCGGACGAGUCUGAAGAGGAGGGUAGCGAACCCGAUUUCGGCGACGACGAGGAGGAGGAGCACGUCCCGGACGAGUCAGAAGUCGACGAGGAGGAAUUUGAACAGGACGAGGCGUUGGAUGAGGACCUUGAUGAGGUUGAGAACCCUAGCUUCAUCUUCAAGUUCCCCAUCAGGGUCUCGUUUGAUGAGGACAGCAAGGUGCGACAGAUUCCUGGUCCGCCAGUCGUCGCCGAGAAACACAAGCAUGCCAGGGCAGCGCACCGGAAUGUUGUUGUCAGCGACGACUCCGAGGCCAGCAGCGCCAGCCCCGAGCAGCCUAUCGUCACGGAACCGGAGCCACCCGCCGCCGACGUCAUUGCGGUUGCGACGAAGCGCGCGACCACUCCCGAUCCUACUGGAGCACAACCCAAAGUCGACGCCGGCAACUCAGCUGAGCCGGCGGAGAAGGCCGAGACUGCUGUUGACCAACCUACGACCGAUGCAGGCGAGAUUAUCAAGUCGCCCCCGACACCCUCGAGCGAGAAGGCGACGUCCCUGGCUCUUAGGGGGAGCCCGGAGGUCGCCAAAUCGACUCCUCGGGCUGUUGAUAGCACCCCGGUAGAGUGAUGGGCUGCCAGAGAGACUGCUAGAUUAUUUUAUGAUGUUGCUAUGAGAAGGGAGUUUGGUGCUAUGGCAAGACAUGAAAGGCGCAGCUGGUAUGCUAUUUAGGCGGUCGGUCUGUCACGGCAAAGGGUGCUUCUGGACGCUGCAGAGUGGUAAAAAGCGGG